AUGGCUGUGGACUCCACCCAGGUCCGUCAACGUGCUGCGUUAGCUUGUGUGCCGUGUAGGCACCGCAGAGUCAAGUGUGAGACCAUAGAAGGCGAGUCCGAGUGCCAACUCUGCCGCCAGAAGGGCAUCGAAUGCAUCACGGUAUCUCUGGACGGAAGAAGAAGCUCUGCCACGAACCGCUGUGCGAAAAGUUUGAAAGAACGUGUGGAUGAAUUGGAAUAUCUCUUGGAACAAGAAAGACAGAAAAGCAAUGCACGACCUAGAGCAAAGACCUCCGAUCUCCCCACGCCUCUCGUAGGCUCCAACACGCAGUCACGGAGACGAGCGCCGUCAACGACCACUACCCGCAACUCUACGACGACAGAAAUGGCACCGCCUAGCCGGGAGCCCGAUACAUCCCUUGAGAUAGACAAUAUCAUCCGGCACCAUGAAGCUGUCGCGUCGAGCCCUGUGCGUGGGCAGGAGCCAGAUCGCAUGUCACCCGUGAGCUCGAACUGCAGCAGCAAAGGUCUUACAGAUAGGUUGUUGGAUCCUCUUGGCCAGUUGAGCAUCGAUCACGGAACUGGUCGCUUGCGAUACUUUGGCCCUCUGACAAAUCUCCAUACCUUCUGGGACGUGAGCCUGUCAACAGACAUUGCAAAGAGGAGAGAAAACAAUGAGAUCACCACAUCGAUCCUUCGAAACCUAUCGGUUGAGACUCACGACUACUUGAUGAGUUGCUUUUGGAUCUAUCACAAUGCCAUCUUCCAUGUCGUUCAUAAAGAAGCAUUCUACAAAGACAAGGAGAGCGAGAAGGGGAAAAACUAUUCUGGACUUCUACAUAUAUGUAUUCUCGCCAUGGGAUAUCGCUUCGCAGACAAGUCGAGACAAUCAGUUCGAAGGCUUGCAAUCGCCACUUGUCCUAGAGAGUCGAUCCUGCACCGCGAAGCAAAGAGACUAUUCGAACACGAACUAAGGCAGCCUGGCGGCAUUCCAUCGAUUCAAGCGUUGCUCCUGCUGGCAGACCUGGAAUGCGGAUGUGGAAGGGACAAUACCGGCUGGAUGUAUGCAGGUAUGGCGUGCCGGCUGUGUUUUGAUCUCGGAUUGAAUCUUGACUGUACCGGACUCGGUUUGGGCGAAGAAGAAGUUCAAGUGCGGCGAAUGAUUCUAUGGGCGUGCUGCAUUUAUGACAAAUACUGGUGUCUUUACCUUGGACGCAGAACAACCGUCAAAUCUUCGGAUAUUGAGGUCCUCCCAACUAGUUCUCAUCGAUUAGGAGGACUCCAUCCCUCCGGGGCGGAAAAACUGUUUGAAACAGAGAUCUAUGAGUCCUUGUUAGAUUUGAUGGAUAUUGCAGGACAAUUGACGGACAACAUUCAUAUCCAAGCUAAUAAGCUCAGCCACCAGUGUUACUCUAGCGUCGCCGCGGUUGAUAGUGAGUUGAAUGCUUGGUACAACCGACUUCCCCCAAAGCUACAAUGGACACCUGAGAACGUGUCUAUAGCGCCAUCUUCCUUUUUCCUUCUCCAUCAACAGUACCACUCAACAGUCGUGCUUCUGCACCGACCAUACAUACAUGGAUUUUAUGGUGAAAGUGAUGGGUACCCUCCGAACCCGGGGAUUAUUCCAGAUCAUUUGGUCCAAAUGUCGCAAACAAUUUGCCUUGAACACGCGACUCGCGUGGCAAACAUACUUAAAGAGCACCAGCAGCAUUAUGAUCCCAGCAGAUUCUGCUUAACUGUUCUUCAACAUGCCGGUACAGCGGCGACAGUAAUGAUUGCCCGAGUGAGAACGAUCAAUGACUCUGUCGAGCGGCGUGGCCUUCUUCGCCACUUAGAGUGCCUGACCCAAGUCCUGUCGGCAAUGUCCCCGACCUUUCAACCAGCUGAGCGUAUGUCCAAUCUUCUCAACGAAGUUUUGGCCGAAGCUGGGGUUGUAUUCAACAGCCAUCUUAGAACGGGGCUAGACAGAAAUUCCGAAGCAUCAGCUACAAUGAAGACCAGUGCACAGCCCGACGACAUCGGCCAACCCGCCUCGAAAAGAAGGCAAAUCGAGCGUGCCCCAUCAAACGAGUUUGUCCUCACAAUGUCGUCUCUUCCAGACUUGAACAACGGGCAUCUUCGUCCACCCAAUCUAUUCGAGGCCCCUCAAUCUACCUUGGCCAAUUCAACACUCAUGACCAGCCCAGGCGCUACGAUCUCCAGCUAUGCCAAAUCCUCAUGGAUGACACAACCACAACUACCUACUAGCACGAGUGUACCAAUGCAGUGUAGUUCAGUGAACUACAAUGAUGCACUGGUCCCCAUGAUUGACUCCGACGCAUUCAUGUCUGGUUCUGUCUUCGAACCCGCCGGGUCUCCUGAAGACUGGAGGGUUAUGCUGAGGGACCUUGGCGUGCCGGCUGAGUCGGUUUUUGAGGCGCAACUUGCGCAAGAAACCAGUCGAUGGACUUCACCUCCAGUCCUCGAAGGACUAAAGGCAAGGGCAAAGGAAUUGGGCCUGUGGAACAUGUUUCUAUCAAAGCAAUCAGAAGGCGCAGGAUACACAAAUCUGGAAUAUGCAUUGAUGGCAGAAUACCUCGGCAGGUCUAAGCUUGGUCCCGAGGCAACAAACAACUCGGCCCCGGAUACAGGCAACAUGGAGAUCAUUGCAAAGUAUGGGACUGCGGAACAGAAGCGCCGCUGGCUCCUGCCGCUAUUGAAUGGAGAAAUUCGAUCGGCCUACGUGAUGACAGAGCCAGAUGUAGCCUCAAGUGAUGCAACAAAUGUUCGACUGAGCAUGGUCAGGGAGGGAGAUUUUUACAUACUCAAUGGAUCGAAAUGGUGGAUUAGCAGUGCAGGCGAUCCGCGCUGCAAGGUCUAUAUUGUCAUUGGAAAAACAAAUCCCGAGCAUCCAGAUAAAUACAAACAGCAAUCCAUGAUUAUUGUUCCAGCGGACACGGAAGGGAUUGAAGUCACCAGGCUUUUAUCGGUGUACGGAUAUGACGAUUCCCCCCUUGGCCAUGGACAUCUCACAUUCGACAACGUGAGAGUUCCCGCCGCAAACAUACUACUUGGACCGGGUAGAGGCUUUGAGAUCAUGCAAGGCCGCAUGGGUCCUGGUAGGAUUCAUCACGCGAUGCGCUGCAUUGGGUUUGCCGAGCGAGCUCUAGACUUGAUGUUGAGUCGAGCUAAUGACGCAAGGAAACAACCUUUUGGGAAGGUGCUAAGUGAGCACGGCAGUAUGAUAGAGGCGAUUGCGCGCUGCCGAAUUGAAAUCGACACAGCAAGGUUACUGGUUCUCGACGCUGCGGCUAAGAUUGAUCAAAGCAAUGCAAAGGGAGCUCUGAAGCAGAUCGCAGAAGCAAAGAUCUUCGUCCCCGAAAUGACCUGCAGAGUCAUUGACCGAGCUAUACAGUCUUUUGGUGCUGAAGGGGUCUCCCAGGACACUCCCUUGGCCUCCAUGUGGGCGGCAGCGAGGAUUGUGCGCAUAGCAGAUGGCCCAGACGAGGUUCAUUUGCGACAACUUGGUCGGAAUGAGAACAAGAGAGCAUCAUCUGUACAGGCUUUGCUUGAACUUCAGCGCAAGCGAUCCAAAGAGUGGCUCGAAGGCUGUGGACUCGGGAACAAUGAUAAACGGAGGCCCGUCAGCAGGAAAGCAAGACUGUAG